AACGCCGCCUCUGCGUCUUUCUCCGGUUUUCAUUCAGAUCAGACAACAAGUCGGCUGCGGAGUCAAACGAAGCAAUUUGCAGCCGUUUUAACACACUAUUUUCUUACUCCUUCAAUUGUAGAUAUAUACUGACACAAUGUACGAUCAGGAAGAAGAUCCAAUCGAGGAUGAAGAUGGCGAGGAAAUUUCUUCAGAACUUUGGCAAGAAGCCUGUUGGAUCGUCAUCAACGCAUAUUUUGACGAGAAAGGUCUUGUGCGGCAGCAACUUGACUCGUUUGAUGAAUUUAUUCAAAUGUCAGUACAGAGAAUUGUUGAAGAUUCUCCUGCAAUUGACCUGCAAGCAGAAGCUCAGCAUUCUUCUGGUGAAGUUGAAAAUCCCCCCAGAUAUGUACUGAAGUUUGAACAGAUUUACCUUUCAAAACCAACCCAUUGGGAAAAAGAUGGUGCACCGACGGCGAUGAUGCCAAACGAAGCCAGGCUCAGAAACCUCACCUACUCUGCCCCGUUAUAUGUAGAUAUCACAAAAACAGUACACAAAGAAGGGGAAGAACAGGUUGAAACCCAACACCAGAAGACAUUUAUUGGGAAAAUUCCCAUUAUGUUGAGAUCCACUUAUUGCCUGCUGAACGGGAUGAAUGACCGUGAUUUGUGCGAGCUAAACGAAUGCCCCCUCGACCCAGGUGGGUAUUUCAUCAUCAACGGUUCAGAAAAAGUAUUGAUUGCGCAAGAAAAGAUGGCAACAAACACAGUGUACGUCUUCAGCAUGAAAGAUGGCAAGUUUGCAUACAAAACGGAAAUCCGUUCCUGCUUAGAGCACUCAUCCCGUCCAACAUCCACGUUGUACGUCAACAUGUUGGCUCGUGGUGGCCAGGGUAUCAAGAAAUCUGCCAUCGGUCAACGUAUUAUUGCCAUCUUGCCCUACAUUAAACAAGAGAUUCCUAUCAUGAUUGUAUUCCGUGCUUUGGGUUUCGUGGCCGAUCGCGACAUUCUCGAGCACAUCAUUUAUGACUUUGAAGAUCCUGAAAUGAUGGAAAUGGUGAAACCUUCACUGGACGAAGCUUUCGUCAUUCAAGAGCAGAAUGUUGCCUUGAAUUUCAUCGGAGCUCGUGGUGCCCGGCCUGGUGUCACCAAAGAGAAGCGUAUCAAGUACGCCCGUGAGAUCCUUCAAAAGGAAAUGUUGCCUCACGUCGGUGUGUCCGACUUUUGCGAAACAAAGAAAGCCUAUUUCCUCGGUUACAUGGUGCAUCGAUUACUGUUGGCUGCCCUAGGGCGUCGUGAGCUUGACGAUCGUGAUCACUACGGAAACAAACGUCUGGAUCUUGCCGGUCCUUUAAUGGCUUUCCUCUUCCGUGCCCUAUUUAAAACGUUGAUGAAAGAAGUGAGAAUGUACGCACAAAAAUUCAUCGACAGAGGAAAAGAUUUCAACUUGGAACUGGCCAUCAAGACACGAAUCAUCACAGAUGGCCUUCGAUACUCUUUGGCCACUGGCAAUUGGGGAGAUCAGAAGAAAGCUCAUCAAGCUCGCGCCGGUGUAUCUCAGGUGUUGAACCGACUGACGUUCGCUUCGACUUUGUCACAUUUACGUCGCCUCAAUUCACCGAUUGGUCGUGACGGGAAACUGGCCAAACCUCGUCAGUUGCACAAUACACUUUGGGGAAUGGUUUGCCCUGCCGAAACACCCGAAGGAGCUGCUGUCGGUCUCGUAAAGAACCUGGCAUUGAUGGCCUACAUUUCAGUCGGUUCUCAACCAUCUCCCAUUCUUGAAUUUUUGGAAGAAUGGUCCAUGGAAAAUUUGGAAGAAAUCGCUCCGUCGGCCAUUGCCGAUGCCACCAAAAUUUUCGUCAACGGCUGUUGGGUCGGCAUCCAUCGUGAUCCGGAGCAGCUGAUGGCAACCCUCCGUAAACUCCGUCGUCAGAUGGACAUUAUCGUUUCUGAGGUGUCGAUGGUGCGCGACAUUCAGGAUCGUGAAAUCCGCAUUUACACGGACGCCGGUCGCAUUUGUCGUCCUUUAUUAAUUGUGGAGAACUGCAAAUUGCUGCUGAAGAAGCGCCACGUUGACAUGUUGAAACAGCGCGAGUACAUCAAUUUCAGCUGGCAAGAAUUGGUGGCGACGGGAGUGGUGGAGUACAUUGACACGUUAGAAGAAGAGACGGCCAUGAUUGCAAUGUCGCCCGAAGAUUUGCGCCAGGGCAAAGACGCGUAUUGUACGACGUACACUCAUUGCGAGAUUCAUCCGGCCAUGAUUUUGGGUGUUUGCGCUUCCAUUAUUCCGUUUCCCGAUCACAACCAGUCGCCACGUAACACUUACCAAAGCGCCAUGGGUAAGCAAGCCAUGGGAGUGUACAUUACCAAUUUUCACGUGCGGAUGGACACGCUGGCGCACGUCCUCUGCUACCCGCAAAAGCCUCUGGUGACCACACGCUCCAUGGAGUACCUACGCUUCAGAGAGCUGCCUGCCGGCAUCAAUUCCGUGGUCGCCAUUCUCAGCUACACUGGAUACAACCAGGAAGAUUCCGUCAUUAUGAACGCUUCGGCUGUGGAACGCGGUUUCUUCCGGUCCGUCUUUUUCCGAUCUUAUAAAGACCAGGAGUCGAAACGAUCAGCCGAUCAAGAAGAAACGUUUGAAAAGCCAUUCAGAGAUCAUUGCCAGGGAAUGAGGAACGCCAUUUACGACAAGUUAGAUGACGACGGCAUCAUUGCGCCCGGUCUCCGCGUGUCUGGUGACGACGUGGUCAUUGGUAAAACGAUUACGCUUCCGGAAAAUGACGACGAUUUGGAGAGUACGACGAAAAAAUUCUCCAAACGAGACGCUUCGACGUUUUUGCGCCACUCGGAGACGGGCAUUGUGGAUCAAGUGAUGCUGACGCUGAAUGCCGAAGGCAACAAGUUUUGCAAGAUCCGCGUGCGUUCGGUCCGCAUUCCGCAGAUUGGCGACAAAUUCGCCUCGCGUCACGGACAGAAGGGCACGUGCGGUAUCCAAUACCGUCAAGAGGACAUGCCCUUCACUUGCGAAGGAUUAACUCCCGACAUCAUCAUCAACCCGCACGCCAUCCCUUCCCGCAUGACCAUCGGCCAUUUGAUCGAAUGCCUUCAGGGCAAAGUGUCUGCAAACAAGGGCGAAAUAGGCGACGCCACUCCAUUCAACGACGCUGUCAACGUGCAAAAAAUCUCCAAUCUCCUGCAAGAGUACGGCUACCACUUGAGGGGCAACGAGGUGCUCUACAACGGCCACACGGGCCGUAAACUGAACGCCCAAGUCUUUCUCGGCCCGACCUACUACCAACGCCUCAAGCACAUGGUGGACGACAAAAUCCACUCUCGUGCCCGCGGCCCAGUUCAGAUCCUCGUCCGACAGCCUAUGGAAGGUCGUGCACGUGACGGCGGUCUCCGUUUCGGCGAAAUGGAACGAGAUUGUCAAAUUGCUCACGGAGCGGCCCAGUUCUUACGCGAGCGUCUGUUUGAAGUCUCUGAUCCCUACCGAAUUCACGUGUGCAACCUGUGCGGCAUCAUCGCCGUGGCCAAUUUGCGAAACAACACGUUCGAGUGCAAAGGCUGCAAGAACAAGACGCAAAUCUCUCAAGUCCGACUCCCUUAUGCGGCCAAGCUCCUUUUCCAGGAGCUCAUGUCAAUGAACAUUGCUCCUCGUUUGAUGGUCAUUUAAUUUCAAAUGCCCCAUCUCCCCCACUCCUUUUGGGUAGCCUAUGAUUGAUGUGGUCUUAUUCUCCCCCUCCUGCUAUCGCCUGUCGGUUUUGAUAAUUAUCGACUCGAAUUUACCGAAUAAAAAUCGAUGGAAAAAUGCA